AUGGACAUUUCUCACUGCCCUCUCCUCAUGAAGCCUAGUGUCUUCAGUGAUGGAGACCUGUUGCUAGAUGGCUUCAUCCCCCUCUAUGACUUGAAUUUACAGCCAGAAACAGAGCUAUUCUCUUUUCUACACAAGCCAACCCUCAGGUCACCUGAAAGUUGGGAUUGGAGUAAUUACCCAUAUGUUCUGGCCUUUCUCUUUGCCAUUGAGGAAAUCAACAAGGACCCCCAACUUCUCCCUAACCUGACACUAGGUUUUAAUAUCUACAAUGCCCUCAACAUUGAUCAAAAAACCAUAGAGAACAUCUUGCUCUGGAUCUCAGGAGGGAAUCAGGCUGUUCCUAACUAUGACUGUCAGAAACAGAAAAAAUCGGUUGGCAUUAUUGCAGGAACCAGACGAGAAUUUUUAGCAAAUAUUGGAUCACUUCUAGAACUCUACAGAAUCCCACAGGUCACCUAUGGACCAUUUGAUCCUUCACUGAGUGACAAAGAGCAGUUCCCAUCACUAUAUCAAAUGGCUACUGAGGACAAGUUCCUGGUCCAUGGAGUGACCCACUUAUUACAGCGUUUUGACUGGACCUGGGUGGGAUUCUUUGCCUCAACAGACGUUAAAGCGGAGCAAUUCCUCGAAGAGCUGAAAGCACAACUGGAGAAGAAAGACCUCUGUGUAGCCGAUGAAAUACUGCUAUCUAGUGACUGGAUAAGAAAGGCAAAGCUUGUAAAGACGCCAACUGGAUGUCAAGAUAAUUCAAAUGUAAAUGUCUCCAUAGUGUAUGGUGAUGCUGAUAUUUUUAACUGGGUGCACGUUUUUAUGACAGUCUGUGUGCUUUCAAGCAGGGUGUGGAUUUGGGCGAUGGAGUCGUAUGUUGACUUGAACAAGAUGAACAUAGGGAGCCAUUUCCAUGGAAGUCUCUCAUUUUCACCCCAGAAGAGAGAAAUACCUGGGUUUGAGCAUUUUGUGAAGAUGUUUAACCCUUCCAAGAACCCGGAAGACAUUUAUACCAUUAAAUUUUGGCUUGACACAUUUAAUUGUUCAUUUGUUGGCUCAGUGUGUGGCAAACUGGAAGACUGCCCCCUAAAUUCAACAUUAGAGUUUAUGCCAGGGGAUACUGACCUGAUGACCAUGUCUGAACCCAGCUAUAUUAUCUAUAAUGCUGUGUAUGCUGUGGCCAGAGCCCUCCAUGACUUGCUCCUGGGAAAAACAGAAACAGAAUCAACAAGCAAUGCAAACCAGCCAGCGCUUUUACCCUGGAAGCUCCAUCCAUUUCUGAGAAAUAUCCAAUUCAUUAAUAGCAUUGGGGACCACAUAUUCCUCGAUGGCCAAAGAACCACUAGCCAACAGUACGAUGUCCUGAACACAGUGGCCCUCCCUGGUGCCCAUGGAUUCACGAGUAAAGUAGGAGAAUUCGUGGCCAAUGGCCCAAAUAAACAGCACUUGAUCAUCAAUGAAGAGAUCCUAGAAUGGCCGAGUGAUUUGACAAAGAAUAGAAUUUUAAAACUCAUCCAAGGGGCACAAAAUAGCCUAGGAAUAAGUAGCUGUGAGAAUGAUAGCAAUGUAACUGACUGGAAAACUAUAGGCAUAGAAUUAAGAAUCCAGAAGCACUUGAAUGGGACCCUCAAAAAAAAACAAAGACAAGAGCGUAAAGAACAAAAACACAAUGACAAUGAGUUUUCAAAUAUUUGUGUGUCAGGGCCAGCAACAGAAAGAAUAAACAUCCUACGAAAUCCCCCACAAUCAGUGUGUACAAAGAGGUGUGGUCCAGGAUUCAUGAAAGUUACAAAUGAAACUCACACCUGCUGCUUUAAAUGUGCUGUUUGUCCCAAGGGGGAGAUUUCAAAUAAAACAGCAGAUGCAGAGCAGUGUAUCCAGUGCUCUGAGCAAGAAUAUUCAAACCAAGAGAGAACCUUCUGCCUCCCCAAGUUGGUGACCUACUUGGACUUUGAAGAUCCUUUUGGGAUGGCUCUGGCCUGCACAGCUUUGUGCUUCUCUGUCAUCACAGUGGUGGUUUUGUGGGUCUUUGUGAAGCACCAAGACACCCCCAUAGUCAAGGCCAAUAACAGGACUCUUAGCUACAUCCUGCUCAUCUCCCUCCUCCUCUGCUUUCUCUGCUCCUUUCUCUUCAUCGGGCGUCCACACCCAGUCACCUGCAUCCUCCAGCAAAUCACAUUUGGACUUGUGUUCACUGUGGCUCUCUCCACUGUGUUGGCAAAAACCAUCGUUGUGCUAUUGGCAUUCAAAUCCAUGAAGCCAGGAAGAACCAUGAGGUGGCUGUUGGCAUCAGGGGCUUCUAACUAUGUCAUUCCCAUCUGCACUCUUGUCCAAGUGGUUAUCUGUGGCAUAUGGUUGGGACUGUCUCCCCCCUUCAUUGAUGUAGACACACUCUCUGAACCCAGGCACCUGCUCCUCGUGUGUGACAAGGGCUCAGUCACUGCGUUCUACUGUGUGCUGAGCUACCUGGGAUCCUUGGCCCUGGUCAGCUUCUCCUUGUCCUACUUUGUCCGCAACCUGCCUGACACCUUCAAUGAAGCCAAGUUCUUGACCUUCAGCAUGCUGGUGUUCUGCAGCGUCUGGGUCACCUUUCUGCCUGUCUACCACGGUGCCCAGGGCAAGCUCAUGGUGGCCUUGGAGAUCUUCUCCAUCUUGGCCUCCAGUGCUGGUCUCCUAGUGUGCAUCUUUGCUCCCAAGUGUUACAUUAUUCUGAUCAGACCUGACAAGAAUUCUUUGAAACAUCUAAAACAUAAAAUGAACCCUAGGAGAAAUGCAUAUUCUUAG